AUGAUGCCAUGUGCCAAAUUCGAUUGGUUUGAACACCAUAAGACGAAAACUUUAUUUUAUGAUUCUCAAGAGAAGCUAGCGGAAGUAUAUGAAAACGGUUGUGGUAAAUGGUUUUAUAAGAAUGGAAACGUUGCAUUGGAAUACUACAACGAUGCAGAAUUUAAUUUGGGAAAGCGAUGCGUUAUAUAUAGUUCUGGUGAAGAUUUGGAGACUAAGAAGAAAACACCAGUCAACGUCUUAGCAUGUUUUGGUCAUCUUGGACACGGUAUUGUGUAUGACAAUUAUGGCCAUAUUAGGUUGAAAUAUAAUCAAUCAGAAGGUUUAAUUAUUGAUAAAAAAAUUAGUCCACCAAGUCGCUGGAAGUGGCAUACGUUGAACGACCCACCAAUUUUACAUCCAGUGUUCGUAAACACUUUUGAAAAAGAUAGUACAUAUUUCGAUAAAAAAUUCAAUAAAACUGAAAACAUAAGAAAAGAGAACGAAGAAAUGGUAGCGAUUGAAUUACAAAAUUUGUUGAGAGAGAAAGCGGUUAAAUUGCAACAAGAGUUUAAACCGUUCCAAAUAAAAAUUAAGACCCUUAAAAUAAAUGAUUAUUUUUCUUUGAGAAUUAUAGAUCAAGCAAAUAUUUAUAUACAGUUCAGAUGUGGGCGAAUAUGUUAUAGGUUUAAUAUAGGAAUGAUACUGAAAAAUGAUGAAAUUAUUGGAACUGAGACAGCGGAGGUCACAGAGGUUGCGACGCCUUACGAUCUUAACUUAGAUAAAGCAUCUGAAAUG